CGUGCUUAUUUGGUUUACUGCUUGAGUCUGUUGCAGAAGAUCAUUUUUAAGUAGGUGGCCAGUUAGGUCAGAGGGAAUUAAGAGGUAAACUAUUUUCUUGCUAGGAUGUCUAGAAAGGUAGCAGUUGUAACUGGGGGUAACAAAGGUAUUGGUUAUGCUAUAGUUGCUGGUCUCUGCAAAAACUAUCCUGGUGAUGUGAUUUUAACUGCCAGAAAUGAGAAGCUGGGACAGGAAGCCGUGGAGAAUUUGAAAAAGGAUGGCUUAACUGCCAUUUUUCAUCAGCUGGAUAUUACUGAUGUAGUCAGCAUUGAGAGACUGAAGAGUUACCUGUUGCAGCAAUAUGGAGGGCUGGAUGUCUUGGUUAAUAAUGCUGGCAUUGCAUUCAAAGUAAAUGCUACUGAACCUUUUGGACUUCAAGCUGAGGUAACAAUGAAGACUAACUUCUUUGGUACGCUAGAUGCCUGUAAAAUUCUUAUUCCAAUUGUGAAGCCACACGGCAGGGUGGUGAAUGUAUCAAGUUUUGUCAGUGUACGUGCCCUGAAGCAGUGCAGCCCAGAGCUACAAACCCAGUUCCGCAGUGACACCAUCACAGAAGAACAGCUAGUGGAUCUGAUGAACAAGUUUGUGCAGGAUGCCAAGAAUGGGGAUCACCAGGAUAAAGGGUGGCCCAAUACAGCCUAUGGAGUUACAAAAAUUGGGGUGACUGUGCUGUCCCGAAUUCAUGCCAGACUGCUGUCUCAGCAGAGGUCAGCUGACAAAAUCUCACUGAAUGCAUGCUGUCCUGGCUGGGUACGUACAGAUAUGGCAGGGCCAAAGGCCACUAAAAGUCCUGAAGAGGGGGCUGAGACCCCGCUUUAUUUGGCCCUUUUACCAGAGGAGGCUCAAGAACCACAUGGGCAGUUUGUAAGUGAAAAAGAAGUUGUACCAUGGUAAAUGUGUAAUAUAUGUGAUCAACAACAUACUUAGAAAAACAGAUAAUGUUCUAUAAUGACAACACUUUAGUGAUGUUAUUCAUUUUCUACCCAGAAAACUAAGAACAUUGUAUUACUUUCAUGGCUACCACAAACUGUAAAGCAAAACAGUUCAAUAAAAUAAAAUUGGUACAUAUAAAGAGUCUUAAGUCUCUCAAAAAUGAAUACAUCUUAAUGCUAUUGUACAAAAAUGUGACGCACAUCAAAUGCGUCUAUAUGACCAUGACUAUCUCGGUGAUUAUGAAUGUCAAAUAUUUUUCUGUUCACCUAAGAAAAAAUGUGUAAAACCCUUUACCAUUUAUUAAGAGCCAUGCCCUGUUGUAUUAAUAAAAAAAAUUAUAGUUG